AUGCUAAACUGGGAGUCCUUCGACUCCGUGUUUUCAACCAAAUCAGACUAUGCCUUCGACCACAAGACGGUUGAGUCGAUCCUCAGACACCGCAAGGAAUUCGGUGACCAGUUGUUUUUCGAUCGCAUCUGGAAGUCGGUUAAUAACUCGACGCGUCCCGCAAGAAUAAACUACCCUCCCAGAUCUAACCAAGACUUGCGAAAUCUGUGGUCCAAGAUCGCGCAAACCACCGCUCGAGAAGAAUACAAACUCUCCCUGCUCUACUACAUCCUGCGCGACUGUCGUCAACUAAGCAAUGCCGACACCAACUUCGCCCGGCAGACAUACCUUCCUCAGAAAUUCCAGCUGCUGAUCGCAGGGUUAUGGGAACUCGACCACGCUCAGUUCUCCCGUGCCUUGGAAUUUCUCACCGAUCCCUCCCUGAUACCCACUUACACAGACGAGAUCCUCCUCGCCCUGAUCAGACAUCCCAAAUGCGACUCCUCAUUAGCCAUGGCAUACUACAUCGCCGUGUCUCCGCCUCUGAAAGAUCGGGAGACCCUGGAGGCAUACUUCGGUCUCCUUCUGGAAAACAAUCUGGUGGAAGCAUACUAUUUCGCCCAGAGUCAAGAUGACUCACGACACAAGACUCUUUUCGAGCAACUGAUUGUUGCGGUCCAUCGCGAGAAAGCCAGCGAGGCUCGUGCCGAGCAAGCCGCUCUGUUGGUUGGAUUACCAUUCACACCUGAAGAGGAGGCCUGGUUCGAAGAAUGCCUAUUACGCGGUGCUGCAUCCAAAUACCCUGGAGCGAGAGACUCUGUCAUGGCACGAAGAAUUGCAACAGGAAGAGAAACAUCCGCUGGCGAUGCGCUGAACAGGCUGAAAGGAGAAGAUAUUGGAGGCGUGAGUUGGGAUUCUGUCAAGACUGCCAUUGCCGAUGCCGCUCCAAGAUGA